AUGAUUGUAAUACGUUUUAUAUUUAUAAUUUAUAUUACUAAUGCAACAUAUCUUUAUUUUGAUCGUAAUUCUUAUGAAAUAUAUAUAAGUGAAUCAACACAAAUUUAUUCAAAAAUUGCUUUAAUAAAAGCUAUAUCAGCUCCAUCAUUAUCUAUUCAAUAUGAACUUCAUGGUGAUACAAAUAAAACAUUUUAUCUUAAUUCUCUUACAGGUGAAUUAAUUUUAUUAAAUUCUAUUGAUUAUGAAACAAUAUCCAUAUAUAAAUUAACAGCUGAAGCACGUUCACCAUCAUCAAUUGCACCUUGUUUUGCUGAAUUAAUAAUACAUAUAUUAAAUAUUAAUGAUAAUUCACCAGAUAUUAAUUUAAUAAUUUAUCCUUCUGUUUUAUAUAAAUCAAAUAUAAUAAAAUAUGAUUUAAAUACAUCAUCAACACCAUUUGCUACAAUAAAUAUAAAAGAUUUAGAUCAAUCAACUAAUAAUUUAAGUUUAUAUUUAAAUGAUACAAAACAUUUUCAAAUACAAUUAAUACGAGAAUAUAAAAAUAAUUUAAUUUAUAUAUUAUCAACAAAAAAUAAUUCACAAUUAAUUUAUCAAGAUAAUUAUUAUUUAUUAUUAAUUUCUUGUGAUAAUGAUCAACCAUUAUUAUGUACAAAUCAAACAUAUAUAUUUCAUAUGAAAUCAAAUGAAUAUUUAUGUAAUUUAUCAUUUAAUCAAAAAACAUAUAUUAUUGAUAUAAAAGAAAAUUUACCAAAUAAAACAUUUUUAAUGCAUAAAAUAACAAAUAAAUUUUGUCGAAAUAUUAUUUAUACAAUUGAUAAUACAAAAAAUUUUUAUAUUGAUUCAUAUACAGGUGAUUUAUAUACAUUAAAAAAAUUUAAUCGAACUAAACAAAGUAUUUAUUUUAUUAAUCUAUUUGUUAAUAAUUAUAUUAAAAUAAAUAUUAUUGUACGAAUACUUGAUCAAUAUGGAAAUAUUCCAUUUCUAAUAAAUAAAUAUAUGAUUAUGAAUCAAAAUAAAUUUUCAUUUGUACAUAUAUUUAAUUCAACAUUAUGUCGAUCACAAAUAGUUAUUGAAAAUUAUUUUCAACUUUUAUCUAAUUGUACAAUUAUAUCAUUAAUGAAACCACCUUUAGGUCAAUAUUUAUUCAAUAUUGAACUUGAACAACAAAUAAAUCAUCAAGAUACAUUUUUACUUGAACUUAAAGAACAAGAACGUCUACUAACCUUUAGACAUUCACCAUGGAUUAUUAUCAUACCGACCAUCAUUUGUGUUUUGUUCGUUCUUGGGACAAUCAUUAGUCUUAUUAUUAUUAUCAAACAAAAACGUUAUAAAUUUAAUCAAUUAUGUUAUGAAUUUUUAUCUUCACUUAUGAAAUAUCGAUUUAAAUCUAACACAGAAAAUGUUACUCCUCAUUCCGAUUUUGAGAAAUCUGAUGUAGUUUCAACUAUUUCAAAAUUAAAAGUAUAUGAUGAUCAUGAAUUAUCAUCAUCACAAACAAGUACAGCAAUUUAUUUAGUACAAAAAUCAUCACCACCACUUUCAUCAUUAAGUCCAUUACGUGAUGAUGAAGGUUAUUCAGGAAGUUCAAAUGUAUCUGAAAAUCAUCUACAAUUUGAAUCAACAAUUAUUUCUACGAAUGAAUUAAAUGAACAGUAUCGUAUACAUGAAUUUCCUAAUCGUCAAUCAACAUCACCUAAAUAUGAUGUACCAAGACGAUAUAUUGACAAAAUGAAUACACCUUGUAUUUCAACGGAUGCAUCACUUGUAUAA